AUGAAGAAAAGAUUCGCUUCAGGAGUAGCGAUGGUGAUGUCUUGCCUCAGAUGUCGCGGUGAUAUGAAGCUUCCCAGAUCUUCGCCCGUCGUUUACAUUGGUAUCGGUGUGGUCAUUGGCCUCUGCAUCUCCAUCGUUUCCCGUACCGGAGGAGGGUAUGGCACAUCAAUGUCCUUUGCUCCGUUGCGACCGCAUCGGCAUAUCCACGACGCACACGAGGAGGCGGAAGUAAAUGAUGAUGAAGCGCCCAAAGAGGCCAUCGUGUUCCAUGCAAACGGAUCUGGUCAUGAUCAUGCGGGUGAACGCGUUGUCGCCGAUGCUAUAGCUGAAAAGGUUCGGAUAUUUUGCUGGAUACUCACUGGCAAGCAAAACCACCAAAAACGAGCUAUACAUGUGAAAGCGACUUGGGCCAAACGUUGCAAUAAGUAUGUGUUCAUGUCAUCAGAGGCUGAUCCCGAGUUACCAGCGGUUAAUCUGAACAUUUCUGAAGGACGUGACUAUUUAUGGGCAAAAACUAAAGCCGCUUUUAAAUACGCGUAUGAUCAUCAUUUGAAUGAAUACGACUGGUUCUUGAAAGCCGACGACGACACGUAUGUCGUUCUCGAGAAUUUGAGAUAUUUACUUCUUCCUCACUCUCCCGAUCAACCUAUCCACUUUGGAUGCAAAUUCAAACCUUUCACCAAGCAAGGCUAUCAUAGCGGUGGUGCUGGAUACGUACUUAGCCGUGAAGCUUUGCGAAAGUUUGUCAAUGAAGGUCUCACUGACCCGAAAAAAUGUUCUCCCAAUCAUGGUGGAGCAGAAGAUGCUGAAAUGGGAAAGUGUUUGGAGAAGAUUGGAGUGUUUGCAGGCGAUUCACGUGACAGUGCACAACACCACAGGUUCAUGCCUUUUGUACCGGAACAUCAUAUCAUGCCUGGCCAUGUUGAUAAAUCGUUCUGGUUUUGGUCGUAUACCUACUAUCCCUUCGAACAAGGCCCUGGCUGUUGUUCUGAUUACGCUAUCUCAUUCCACUAUGUCAAUGCAAAUCUCAUGUAUGCUUUGGAGUAUCUAAUCUACCAUCUGAAACCAUUUGGCAUCGAUCGAUCACUCAGGAUAGGUACAAAUGAAACAAUACUGCAUGCGGCGUACUCGUCCGCGCGUCUGGCGAUGGGACCAGACGACGUCUACCGAAAUGUGACGUUAGAACUUUGAAGUUCCUGUGUUCUUUUCGGUCUGCAAGCUUUACUGCUGAAUACAUUCAUUCCGUACGUGCCAACAUGAUAUUUCAUUUUUUCUCAAAUCUCUUACGCUUUCGUGAUUUUUGUUGUUAUUGCCUGAGAUGUUCCUUAGCAUAUGAUAUUUCACAAAGAUAGUAUUAGUCAGUGUAUACAAUCAAAGGAGUCAUUCACCUUUGUAAUGUUUUUCACAUCAAAACGGGCGUCGUUAUGCGUUUACGAGCGGCCUUUCGUAAUUAUCACAACUUGAUUUUCAUUGCUUUUCUUGUCAUUUGUUAUCAUCUAGGAGUGCCAAGAAUCUUGCUUAGCUAAUCUGAUUUUGGUUUUUUUUUCUCGUUGUAUAUGUGAGACAUACUAUAAUUAUGCAUAUCUCGAGUAGGUUAUAGGAAAACUGACAUUGUCCAAGAAGUUGUUCUCGUAUUUACGUAUUCUUUGUACUUCGCUUUGUUUGAUACGUGUGUGGACUCGAUGUCCUUCUAGUCCUUUGUUGUCUCUUGGGGUAUAAAUCUUGACAACCACCUCAAAACGUGAGAAAUCCUGCGUCACAUGAUUUUAUGCUUUGUAUGGUCUUUUGUACUGUUCUGAUAAUAAACCUGCUUUUUGUUC